GUAUUGCCUUUUUCUUCCUUCAUUUAAAUUCCAUGUUAUCUCCUUUUUAUCGCCUUCUGUUUCUUCCCUCUUUAAGUUCCUUUGCUUCCUUCCUUCUCCUAUAAUUUGUAUCAGUCAAUUGAUAGCUUUAAUCAGUUUUUCUUGUGCUUCUAAUUCGGUUUCACCGGAAAACUUGUGAAAGCAGAGGCGAAAGCAAUAUCGAUUUGUGUGCUGUUUGUAUCGCCUCCUUCUGUUUCUUCUUUGUCUUGUUUUUUAUCGGCGUCUGUUCUUCGUUCUAAGUUCCUUAGUCUCCUCCUCUAUAGUUUGUAUCGGUGAACGAAAUUUGAAGGAUGUCGACAGCUCCGGCCGGUUCCUGUGCUCCCAUGAUCGCCAGCGGUGAAAUGGAUUCGGUUUCAGCUAUUUUAAACGGUAACAAGGUGGAGAUACUUGUUCCUUUAGAGAGGACAGCAGGUGGAAGCGGGACGAAAGUGAGGGUUGAGGUUCCGAGGAACUGGUUGAUUCCGCCAGCUAGAUCGACGGAUCAUGCUCAGUUGUUGGUUCAGAACCACCAGAAUUUCAAGGUGAGUGGGAUGCCGGCGAGGAUUAUGAUGUUUAAGGAUGGAUCGUGGGUGGAUUUCGAGAAAAGUGCCAUGGAUGUACUGGUUUCAGCUUUUGUGAGUGGCGAGGCUAUGGUUGAGACGGUAAUGGGAGGGUGUACAUUCAUUUUUGAUUUUUAUCGAAUGAUAGGAAUCAAUUUGGACAGUGGGAAUGAGCUGCCCAUAGCUUGGAUUGAUGUCGGUGGUAACAGUUUUUACCCUAAGGUCUUCGUUGAGGGUUCAGAAAAUCUCGAUAAAAACGAGGUAAAUGUUGAUGAAAAGUUCUCCUCGGAGAAUGGUAAGGUUGAAUUUGAGAUAAAAAUCAUUGAGAGGAACUCAGCUGGAGACGUGUUAGGAAAGAGGAAGAUGGGAAGUGAGGAAAACGAGGUGGUGAGGGAAGUAGGAAGUUCCUCUAGGGAUGUGAUAGAGCAGCGUGUUGUCUCUACACCUACUGAAUUGCUUCCACCGAAGUGGCCUAGGACAAGGUCAUUGGGGAACGAGGAGGAAAGCUAUCGGAAGGCAAGUAGUUUACUUAUUUCUAUUUUGAAAGUUGGUGUUACAGUCACUGCUGUUCAUCAGUGCACUAGAACCGGGCCAGUGGAACAGGCCCGGUUAGAAGUUUUCCUAAAUAAUGUGAAGAUAGUGAAGAGAAGUAGAGGGGACGCCAGGAUUCAGUAUGCCUGGUAUGGUACAUCCUCGGCAAAAAUUGAUAGUAUCAUGCGGCGCGGUUUUGAAAUGCCAAGAAUCAUACCGGGUAUUCUUACUCACGGUGUUGGUAUAUACAUGUCGCCUUUAUACUCACCUCAAAAGAGUCACACGAUGUGCGAGGUAGAUGAAAAUGGUGAAAAGCAUAUCAUGUUAUGUCGAGUUAUAGUGGGAAAGCUCGAGAAGGUUGAGUUAGGAUCUCAGCAGCUGUUUCCGUCAAGUGCGGAGUUCGAUACUGGAGUUGAUGACUUAAUCAAUCCAAAGCUGCAUGUGAUAUGGUGUAGCAAUAUGAACACCCACAUUCUACCCAUAUUUAUAGUCAGUUAUAAAUCUGGCUUUCAUAUAACAGGUUGACUGAAUGGUAGUGCUCAUAGCGCAUUGAUUCUAUAGCUUGUAUAGCUCCCAAUCAGGAAGGCAAAGUAGGAAAAAAAAUUUCAUGACAGUUACAAUCUCUUGUUGGCUGUAAUCUUCUUGGACUUGGAUAAUUCAUGUCUUACUGACUGCUCAUUAGGCCCACGACCUUCUUGGACUUGGAUGCUUUAUGUUAGGGCGCACAAGAUCUCAGCACUUGUCUCCUAAUUUGAUGGAGUUGUUUCACUUCUCAAAGGUUUUCAUCACUAUUCGUUCGUCAUAUCAUUGUUAUAUGAAGGAGUGGAAAAGGAAAGAGAUCACAUUCUUCUUCGACUGUUGUCUGAUCUCUUGUCACUCACAUUAACUGGUUAACUAACGUCUUUGCAGGGCUAAGACCUUUUGGACCUAAUUGUUUCACGUAUUAAGGUACUCCGGUACAAGUUCCUUUUGCUUAAUUUUCUGUGUUUAUAAUAAACUUCGAAUAAGUGUCUUGUAGAAGAAGAAAGUUACUGCAUUUUUUCUCAAUGUCUCAUCAGCUGAUCGAAAUAUCACAGAAUCUAGUGAAGGUGAGGUGAGUGUGAAAAUCUUAGUGAUUGGAUGGCCUGAAAAACUGUACUUAGCACCUUUUGCUUUAAUGAGCAAGCAAAGACUAUGAUGCAAGUGAGGUGCUAAUAGUUCAGUUGUAUUUCCAUAUCUUUAGUGGAGCUUUCUUAUGGCUGGUUGCUACAUGAAAAAAAAUGUGGUCAUCUUUCAUGAGCAAAAUAGUGGGCUCCAAGCUUCCCCUUUUGCUUUAAUCUUCAAGGUUUAUCUGUUAUUUUCUUGACCAGCUAUCAUCUACGAAGUGAUUGGUCCAAGUAUAUUGUUUCCAACAGAUUAUCUUGUCCUAGCAUGCAAGAUAGUUGGUUGUCACUUGCUGUUGCUUCAUUAUUCAAGUUCAUCUUAUAUUUGUCACCAGCUGUUGCUUUAUUCUUCAAGGUUUAUCUGUUAUUUUCUUCUCGGCUAUUCAUCCAUGCCACUGAAGUAAUUGGUCCAAGUAUGUUCUCACCGACAGGUUUUGUCCAGCAUGCAAGGUAGUUGGCUGUCACCAGCUGUUGCUUCAUUCUUCAAGUUCAUUUCAUAGUGUCACAGGUGUAUGUCUUGAGUGCAUUCUUUUCAUCAGGUUCUGACACAACCCCCCCCCCUCCUUUUCUAGCUGCCUUUCCUUUUGACUUUGUUCUGAUUGCUUGGCUAGAAGGUGUAUUGGUAGAUGACUAUGUGGGGAGGACUGCAGAAUAAUAGUUAAUGGAUUGUCAUUACGUAAAUAAAUUUUCUAUAGUUUCUGGAUCACAUAAGUCAGAGUCCUAAAUAUUGAAGAAAGAAGAAUCAAUUUUCUUCCUUUCUUGAUUACCUUCUUAGUUCUUUGUGUAUGCAGAAGACUGAAUCCAUUCAAUUCCUAUGAAGGAUUACUAAUUCUUUGAACUUUUCAAAAUAUCCUUCAUCUCAACCACUUAUGUGUCAUCUUUUCGACCUUGCUUUUGUAGGUGCAAGUGAGAAAGAUUGAAAGGCAGUGUAUUAAUUUGUUUUCAGUAACCAUGUUGAUUCCCAUGUGGUGGUGCUUUUGUUGCUCCUUACUGCACUAGUGGCCUCUGAAGGAUCAGAACCACAAUUUUUAGCUGGUAGUCCUGUCUAAACUAAUUGAGAUAGAUAGAGGAUAUGUCAAAAUUGAGAUGGGGGAAAUAAAAAGGAAGGCCUAUCUGUGUUAAUCAAUAAACAUCAUAAUAUAGUCCACAAAUUGCAAUAGAGAAAUUAAUCUGAAAAUAAUCAUUUCAUAUUUCACGAUAGCAUGUUAGUCCUUGAGUAUUCAUUCUGUUAGCUAAAGAAGUUCUGCGAUUUUCUGUCACACGGCGGAUAUGUAGAAUUUAAAACCUUACAACCUAUUUUGAAAAAGAAUUGGUAGGACUAACUCAUCUUUAAAAAUAGAAUUUAAAACCUUACAACCUAUAUAGAAGAAGAAUUGGUAGGGACUAAGUCCUUUUUAAAACCAGUAGUUGAUUUUGAACCUACACUCAAGUCUCUCUAGGAGUUCGGCGCUGGUAUUUGAUUAAUUCUAUGGUUUGGACCAUCUCAGAUCUGCUACAUGUUGGUACGUAUAUCAGAUAUUUCAUGUUGAUGUUGAUCUGGAGAGCAGUUUUGGCGGGUAUGUAUGGUGUGUUAACAUUCUUUCAACUAUCUUCAUAAAAAUAUAUUGUUUGACAACCAAAGUUUACCAUUGCAAAAGAGAACAGGAUAUUUUCACCUUUUACUGUCAUCCAUUAAGCUUUUCUCUUAUGUUUAUACUGCUACUGGUCUGAGAUUGAAGAUAUAUUCUUUUGAGGGUCGAUGUUUACUAUGUCAUGUUAAGACAUGCAAGAUUCAUCAAUAAUCCGUUGUAGUCUAGUCGUUAGGAUACUCGGUUCUCACCCGAGAGACCCGGGUUCAAUUCCCGGCAACGGAAUGAACAUAAACAUGACAUACUAAACAUUGGGUCGGUGUCAUUUUUCUGCUACAAGAAGUGUAAUAUUGUUGUAGAUAAACAAGGAAGAGAUGAUCUUAUGAGUCUGAUGCCUGCAAAGAUAAAUACAGUCUAAUGUGAGUAUAAAUAAUUUUUGAAUGAAAUUUUGUAACAGUACUGAAUCCUAGUCUUUUGAACUCAAUUUGCAGGCAGUUAGAUACACGAAUUAUCUCGCGUUGGUAUCCUCCAUGUGGCGCAACGUAAGCAGUUUAUUCUUGUGGCAAACAUGAACAAUCUAUCUGAUGCUUUAAGGUGCUCUUUCAUAGACUUCAAAUUAGAUUGGCAGGACCUCUGGUUUAUUUUUCAACUGAUCUGCAUCUCUCCGAAGCCUCCAUUUUUUGUAUAUAAGUUUAACAUGUCAUUGCUCUAUAUAGGGGCAGAUCGAGUCAGUUGUAUCCAGUGAAUUCUGCAAAAAGUCUAAGAAAGUUGAUGGCAAGAAUUUUAUUUAUAUCGAUCGAGUACUUACUUGGUCGUGGUAACACACAACUUGAUCAACUCAAAAGCCCUGAUACAGUUGGAUUGUCAUCAUUGAGUGUUGAUUCUUCACAAACAACAGGUUCAUCCUCCUAGAUUUUGUAAAGAAACCACUCUUUUUUCAACUUUUGCAGGUGUUGGUUGAUUAUAACAUCUCUUUUGCUGGGAUUAUCAUAGAGUAUUACUUCUAGGAUUCAGAAACAUUUAUAUGGUGUUAAAAAGGGAAUUUUCAUCGAGGCUUUAGAGAUGGAAUAGAUUACAUUUACUAUUCU